AGCUCCCGCAUUCCAAACCCCUACCUGUAACCGCCACUACUGCUGGCUGUGACCCAGAUGGUCGCCCAGCGGUCCUCCAAAUCCAGUUCACUCGAUAAAUUGGCCGCGACAGAUCUCCGCUCCACCUGCCCUUAAUGCCCGGUGUGCCACCUACACGUAACCUCCCACACCUCUGCUUUGUUUCUCUCCUCACCCUUCACCCACACUCCUCCUCCCUAUGGCGGUCCCCCUCUCCAUGAUUCCCUCCCCGUUCUCCAAUUCCUAAACACGCCGUCGUCAUGCUGGCUCCUAGGAAACGGCCGCUGCCCUUGCUUCUUGCCCUCACACUCGCUCUCGUCCUUUUCUUCUACCACCGCGAUGCCGACCGCAUAUACCUGCAGUUGUCGUCGUCGAUAGAUGCCAUCCCCGACAGAGCACCCGCAAACAAGACGCUGGGGUUCGGUGCAGUGCUGGUCGUCUCCAAAGAUGGCUCGGACCGACGCCACUCGCUUCUGCAAGCCGCGAACGUCACCGACAUCGAGCUCACCAUCCCCCAGCAGCCCGAGUGGACCGAGGGCGACGUGCAGAAGUUUCGCAAUGGCCAGGAGAAGGGAGUACAGAGAGGCUCACUUUUAGCCUGGAUGGGUCACCACCACGCUCUGCGAUGGUUUCUCGAUUCUGGCCUGGAAACAGCCCUCGUACUCGAGGACGACGUCGACUGGGACAUUCGUCUUCGCAGUCUCCAGGUCCCCCUUGCUGCAAAUGCUGCGCGCUCUGUACUGCCCCCCGCGAAAUCAUUCUCGCCCUUCUCCCGGACUGAUGCAAACCACACGCAAUACUGGGGCAACCCCAAGUCGUGGGAUUUGCUAUAUCUCGGACACUGCGGCGACUACUUUAAUGAGGUCACGUACGAGGGACUGGUGCCCACUGAGAAGGGCUUCAAUCUCACCGACUUACCACAUGUCUUAUACAACGACCCCUCUCUCCCUGUCAAGUCCGAUCUUCAUCCCUUCACCCAAAGCCUGUUCGAUGCCCUCAAGAUUCCAGAACACACUCGCGCCUUCCACCGCUCCAAGUUCCCACUCUGUACCUUUGGUUAUGCUGUGACACGGCCGGCAGCCGAGCGCCUCCUUACAGAUCUGGCCCCGGCAAGGCUUCGUCCCAAGGGACCCAGAGCGUUUGAUGUCGCCCUUCUCCAUGCCUGCUCCAAGGGAUCCAAGACCCCCUCGCCCACCCCGAAGAAGAACCCAAAACCCUACCCCGACCCCGCGCUAAGACACAAAUACGCGAGCCCUGGUCUCCGAUGCUGGACUCUCAACUCUGAACUGUUCCAUCACAUGCCAGGCGAUUCUCAAAUAGCACAGAUUUCGGAAACGAUGGGGCAGAAAGUUGGCAUACCGCCUGUCGACUUGGCCGGCCAAAACCAAGUCAUCUACCGCAACGAAACGAGUAACAUCGGCUGCGGAUUCUGGGGUGGCGCUUUCUCAUUUGGCGACGACGACACAGAACGACUCCAAUUUCUGCAAGAUGAGGUGGGAAGGAAAGGCAAGUGUUUGAAGGAGGGGAGGGAUUCGCUUUGAUAUGAGGCGUCAUGAUUGUGAGCGACUUCUCAUACACACGACGGACGACGGACGACUUUUGGAGACAUUACUGUAUGGUGAAGCUUGGUCUUCUGCCACACUACACCUUUCAACCGUAUAUGAUUAACCCUGAACCAAACCACACAAGUAUAUAACACCAACCUCUUUCCUAUACCUCUGCAUAUCAUGCCAAUGGCGUUUCUGGACUGGACUCAUUGGGCCGGGAAGGACUUCGGGAUUCCUCAGGCUCCCCAAUGGGAAUCAGGCGGAAUAUCAGGAGUUUCAGUCGGUCUGGACAGAUUACAUAGAUACCACGACAGCAAGACCUGCC